CCCAUGGUGUCUGCUGCAGCUCUCUUUGGGCAUGGCAGAAUGAGAGGGAUGCUCUUAGUACUGCUCUACGUCUCCCACUCUUCUGCCAGUUGUGGCGUCCAGAAUACCAACGUUAUGGAAACUUCCGAGGAGGGUUUGGUCAACGACAAGGAGUUCCCGUGGGUGGUGUCGCUGCAGGAUUCCCAGUACACCCACCUGGCUUUCGGGACCAUCCUCAGUGAGUUCUGGAUCCUCAGCAUCGCAUCCGCCUUUCAGAACAGGAAGGACGCUGUUGCUAUAGUUGGAAUAGCUAAGAUGGAUGCCAAAGUGAUUGCUCAUGAAGAGUAUCCAGUCAAUACCAUCAUCAUCCAUGAGGACUUUGAUAACAAAACAAUGAGCAAUAACAUAGCCCUCCUGAAGACAGACACGGCGAUGCAGUUCAACAACCUGGUCCAGGCCAUCUGCUUCCUCAGCAGAAAGCAGCAUAAGCCACCAGCCUUGUGGAACUGCUGGGUGGCAGGAUGGAAUCCCACAUCUGCAACAGGAAAUCACAUGACGAUGAGUAUCCUGAGGAAAAUCUCCGUGAAAGACAUCUACCCGUGUCCUUUACACCAAUUCCAGAAAACAGGAUGUGGCAAUCACAUACAGCAGGAAACUGAUGCCGUCUGCUUGGGAGACCCAGGAAACCCGAUGAUGUGCCAGGUCCAGCAUCUGAAUCUGUGGGUGCUGAGAGGAAUCCUGUCUCACGGUGGCGAGGAAUGCCCUGGCCUGUUUCUGUAUGUCCGAGUGGAAGACUACAGCGACUGGAUUAUGUCUAAGACUAGGAGGACCAGCCUUCCCCUGUCUUCCCUCCACCCCUGGGAGAAUCUGAUUCCUUUCUCCAGCUAUUCAUCACGGGCCGCUGUGACACAGAAAAAAUAUCCUGGGCAGGACCAAGUUGGAUGGUCCCAAGCAAACUUCCAAGGACAAAGAAGGGCCACCAUAUAUUCAUGGCCAGCAAACAGCUCUAGAGAGAGUCUAGACUUUCGGGAAAAGGGCCUAAAGGAAUCAGGCAGUUCUCCUGAGGCGGCCGUACAACCCAUGUACUAUGACUAUUAUGGUAGGGAGGCUGGGGAGGAUGAGUCUAUUUCAGGUCAGAAUAGGUUACAUCAGUCCCAAGAAACUGUCUUGUUUUUCUUUGUGCUUGUUUUCUUUUGCAAUGGUAUCCAGUCUAGGAGCUAA